AUGUCUCCUCCCGUUCUACUUGUUUUGGGUGCUGGGCCGAAAAUCGGACUCUCCGUCGCUAACGCGUUUGCUGUCAAAGGAUACAAGGUCGCUCUGGCAGCAAGAAGUUUAGAAGAAGGUGUGGGUGAGGAUGGAUAUCUACGUUUGAAAAUCGAUCUCGCAAAGGCGGAAGAAAUCGAGAAAGUUUUCGCCCAAGUAAAGGAGAAGCUCGGUAUUCCUAGUGUUGUAGUGUAUAAUGCUGCGUCACGAACAGUACUCGAUGCCAAAGACCCGCUCUCCUCAAUUUCGGUCGAAGAAGCCAACCGCGACUUUGCUGUCAAUGCUAUUUCACCCUUGCUCGCGGCCCAAGAGGCAGUCAAAGGCUUCAAGCAACUUGAAAGUUCAGCGUCGAGGACUUUCAUCGUAACGGGCAAUAUGUUGAACCAUAUAGCAAAGCCUGAUGUUCUCACUUUUGGUAUGGGUAAAGCGGCCGUGGCUCAGCUGAUAUGGUAUACGAGUGUGGCUUAUAAACCGAAGGGUUUCAAGUUCUACUAUGCCGACGAGCGUCAAGCUAAUGGAGGACCGACAAUCCCGGUCAGUGGUUCGGCUGCUGGAAAAGCGCAUGUUUACCUUGCUGAGAAGCAGGAGCAAGGCCCAUGGGAUUAUACAUUCAUGGAGGACAAGGGAUAUGUUGAAUUUAAGAGCCCUUUACCUACCGACUUUUAA